CGUGGGGAGGCACGGGGAAGCAUUGGGGUUGACAAUAUCCCCACCGGAGCUUGUGCAAUGGGGGUUGCCGACUCUAGAACGACCAAGAAUAUCUCAAGAACAUGCCGGACUGCACUAAGGUACAGUAGCAUAAUGCAUAGUAUAGUGCGCAGCAUAGUGCAAUACAGAAAUCACCCUCCGAAGCUACUCAAGUCCAUACAUGGCGUUAACCCUAAAAGGAAGUAACGCACCAGCAAUCAUACCUCACUAAAUGACGCUGUAAUAUCCAUGCCGAACCCCGCAGGAAACCUCACCGUUGAUCACUUCUCAACGCGGGGCACAACCUGGUCUCGCGCUGCCAAAGAUUAAUUUUCACUUUGGACCGCCUCGUGGCAGGCAGAAAAUACCGCUGGAAUGAUCCGAAAGAGCUGAUCUCUUUAGCCAACAUCGGAUGCAGAUUUAGAUGAGAUGAUGGGGUUAAUGCAGGCGGAGAAAGGCGGUGCCUGACGGAUGACGCUGCGAAGAACAUGGGCUAUAAGAUGGAGCUUCGGGAACUGAGUCUUGAGCUCUGAAGCGCAUCGUCGAUCACUCGCAGUAACAUUUACUUGUUCCUCUAAAAUCUGCUGGCCUUCGAGCACCCGCCUCAACAAUGAAGCUCUCCAUUGCGGCAGCCACUGCGCUGCUCUUCGCGAUCAGCGAAGCCGCCGCUGAUGUCUCCUCCAAGACACCCCUCUACAAGAACCCCAAGGCCAAAGUCGACGACAGAGUGGCUGAUCUGCUCAAGCGGAUGACAAUUGAGGACAAGACAUCCCAAUUGGUCCAGGGAGACAUCCGGAACUGGCUCGACACGGACACCGGUGCCUUCAACAAAACUGGCCUGGAAUGGAGCAUGGCUACGCGCAGUGGUUCCUUCUAUGUCGGUGUUCCAGUUGACCAGCAAUGGAUCGCAGAGAACAUCAAGAAGGCCCAGGACUACCUCGUGCACAACACCACACUCGGGAUUCCGUCUUUCACCCAGACCGAGGGUAUCCACGGCUUCUUGAUUGGGGGCGCUACCAUCUUCAACUCCCCAAUUGCAUACGCCUGUUCCUUCAACCGCGACCUGAUUCGCAAGAUGGGCAAGGUAAUUGCUCAGGAAAGCGCCGCCCUCGGCGUCAACCAGAUCUUUGCUCCAUUGGCUGAUUUGGCCCGCGAGCUGCGUUACGGUAGAGUUGAGGAGACCUUUGGUGAGGAUGGAUACUUGGCUGGAGAGAUUGGCUACGAGUACAUCAAGGGCAUGCAAGGAGAGGGCGUCAGCGCCAUGGUCAAGCAUUUCGCAGCGUUCGGAACCCCUGAGCAGGGUCUCAACACUGGCCCAGUUCACGGUGGAGAGAGAGAGCUCAGGACCACCUAUCUCCCAUCGUUCAAGCGCCAAAUUAUCGAUGCUGAUGUUUACUCCAUCAUGACCUCGUAUAACUCGUAUGAUGGUGUCGCCAUGGUUGCCAACUACCACGUCUUGACCGAGAUCUUGAGAAACGAGUGGGGCUACAAGUACUUCACCAUGAGUGAUGCGGGUGGAACCGAUCGCCUCUGCGACCAGUUCAAGAUGUGCAAGACCAACCCUGUGGAUAUGGAGGCUAUUGUCAACUAUGCUCUUCCCGCAGGAAACGAUGUCGAGAUGGGCGGUGGAUCUUACAGCUUCACCCAGAUUCCCAAGAUGGUCAAGUCUGGGAAGCUGGACAUCAAGAUCGUCGACCAGGCAGUCUCGCGUCUUCUCAAGGCCAAGUUCACCUGCGGCCUUUUCGAGAACCCAUACCUCGGUGUCCCAGCAGCGGAAACCCCAAAGCACAUACACACCAAGGCGAAUGUUGCUCUGGCUCGCCAGAUUGAUACCGAGUCGAUUGUAUUGCUUGAGAACCACAACAACAUCCUUCCUCUGUCCAAGACAGCUAACAUUGCUGUUAUCGGACCAAUGGGACAUGGUUACAUGAACUACGGCGACUACGUCGUAAACGGCAGCUACCUCACCGGAGUCACCCCCUACGACGGCAUCAAAGCCGCCAGCAAAGGAUCCACCACCUUCACCCAAGGUUGCGAGCGCUGGUCCUCUGACCAAUCUGGUUUCGCCGACGCUGUCGCCGCCGCCACCGCCGCCGAUGUCGCUGUCGUAGUCGUCGGCACUUGGUCCCGCGACCAGAACCAGCUCUGGCAAGGCCUCAACGCCACCACCGGUGAGCACGUCGACGUCUCGAACCUCAACCUCGUCGGCGCCAUGCCUCACCUCGUCAAGGCCAUCAUUGACACCGGCAAGCCAACCGUCGUCGUUUUCUCCUCCGGAAAGCCCAUUACCGAGGCCUGGAUCUCGGAGCAGGCGUCGGCGCUUGUUCAGCAAUUCUACCCCUCUGAGGAGGGCGGAAACUCCCUCGCUGACAUCCUUUUCGGCAACGAGAACCCAUCCGGAAAGCUCUCCGUCGGCUUCCCAUACGAUGUCGGAACUACCCCCGUCUACUACGAUUACCUCAACUCCGGUCGUCCCGUCGAUAUCGGCAAGGAAUACGAGAACGGCACCCUCCAAUUCGGCCACCAGUACGUUCUCAACAACCCACUCCCUCUCUACGAAUUCGGUUACGGCAAGUCCUACUCCACUUUCGAGUACGGCCCUGUCAAGCUCUCGAAGACGAAGGUGAGCGCCAAGGACACCGUCACUGUCUCCGUGGACGUAACCAACAAGUCCACCCGCGACGGCGCGGAGGUCGUGCAGGUCUACGUUAAGGAUCUGAUCACCAGCGUCGUGGUGCCGAAUAUCCAGCUCAAGGGGUUCGAGAAGGUGGUUGUUAAGGCCGGGAAGACUGUUACAGUCAAGAUUCCGUUGAACGUGCAGGAUUUGGGGCUGUGGGAUAUUAGGAUGAAGUAUGUUGUUGAGCCUGGAGACUUCCAGGUGUUGGUGGGCAGCUCGAGCAAGGACCUCAGGGGCACUGCUACGUUUACUGUGUAAUGAGCUAGGUAGUCGCGUGCGGGAGGGUGGAUGGUUGGAAGGCAAUUCCACAUAAAGAAGAUAGUAUAGUAGUAAUCGAAG